UCGAAUGCCUCCGGAAUGGAACAUCCUCUUUGUGCGGAGUGUACGGACAUUCUCCUAGAGCUGAUGACUAAUCAACUACAAGAUGCGAAGUCGGAUCGGGACCGCUAUGCGGUUUUCGAACGUGAUCUAAAUCGUGAAAGGACUACGUCUGGCGAUGCGUACGAGAGUUCUGAAAAGAUUCGGGAGGAGAUUGAUAAAUUGAGAAUCAGGGAGAAACAAGCAAACGACAAAUUGAUCAACAGUAUGAGCGAACACGCAAAAGUUCAAGCUGAGUUGAAAGAAAUUGAAGAAGAAGAGGCCGAACUGGAGAGAGAGGAGCAAGAAUUCUGGCAAGACUUCAAUCAGUAUGAGCUGGAUUUACUCGAACUGAAGUCGAAGUGUGAUUCAGUAGCCUCGAGAUGCCAGCAAGAUCAAAUCGAGUUGGAUCAAUUAAGGCACACUAAUGUCUUUAAGGACGCCUUCUGCAUCGGAUGUGAGGGUGGGGUGGGAACCAUCAACGGCUUGAGACUGGGGAGAUUGCCAGAGAUAACAGUGGAAUGGGUAGAAAUAAACGCGGCUUGGGGACACACCACUCUCCUUCUGCAGACUUUGUGUCGAAGGUUCAAUAUGACUCUGGAUGGGUAUCGACUGAUUCCUUUGGGUUCUUUCUCGCGGAUUGAAAAAACUAAGGGCGACAAAACCAAUCUCGAGCUAUUUGGCUCAGACGAUUUUGCGUUGGCGAGGAUGUUACAUAAUAGAAGGUUCGAUAACGCAAUGGUAGACUUUCUGGAGUGUUUGAGACAGGUGUUAGAAGUGGCAGUGAGACGGAAUCCAAGGAACAAGAUCCCUUUUCGGAUUCAUAAAGACAAGAUUGGAGAAGUGUCCAUCAAACUAUCUUUUUCGUCGGAAGAGGCCUGGACAACGGCCCUGAGGCAUGUAUUGUUUACACUGAAGGUGCUAAACGGAUCCCUCGAUUCGACGCAAUAG